AUGAAUCGAAAUAAUCGUUUAAAAGAAAUUGAAUUAUUAAUGAAACAAUACAAACAGAAUAAUGUUGCAUUACCAAUAGUCAAUGAAAAUAUUAAUAAUGUGGCUGUAGUUGAUAGCGAUUCAGAUAAUGAAAUAGAAGAUAAUGAACACAUUAUUAACGUAGAAAAUUGGAAUGAAAUUAUACAACGGUGGAAUAAUAUGAUCUCUGAAAAAGAGAAAGAUGAAAUCGAUAUUGCUUUAGGUAAUGAUAAUUUAGAACAAAUUAUCAAUAAUACAGAUCACCCGGCAAUUAACAAUGAUUCAAAGUGGAAGCUAAAAAC